AUGGAAUACGCCAAGCAGAUAGUCACUUCAGAAACUAAAGGUGUGUGCUGCGCCAAGAAGUUUGUGGCCAGUUGCUUUGAGGGCUACAGCGACUUGACUUCAGAACCGAAGAAAAUCACGGUGCAAUGGAAGGACGAGAGGAAGCGUGGCGGAGAAGAUGCCCUUUUGGUUUUGGAAGAAGCCUACACAAGCAUCCUGAGAGGGUUAGGGGAGAAUCCAGAAAGGCAGGGGCUGCUGAAGACCCCGAGGAGAGCCGCCAAAGCCAUGCAGUUCUUCACCAAAGGCUAUCAGGACAACAUCCCCGAUAUUCUGAAUGAUGCUCUUUUUGAUGAAGACCAUGAUGAAGUAGUUAUUGUGAAAGAUAUCGACAUGUUUUCUCUUUGUGAGCAUCAUUUAGUUCCAUUUUUUGGCAAGGUACACAUAGGUUACCUACCGAAUAAAAAGGUAGUUGGACUAAGCAAACUAGCAAGGAUUGUUGAAAUCUACAGUAGAAGACUUCAAGUUCAAGAACGACUGACCAAGCAAAUUGCUGUGGCCAUUACAGAGGCUUUGAAACCAGCUGGAGUGGCAGUCGUCAUAGAAGCAACGCACAUGUGCAUGGUGAUGCGGGGCGUGCAGAAGAUUAAUAGCAAGACCAUGACUAGCACGAUGCUUGGAGUUUUCCGUGAGGACCAAAGGACACGGGAAGAGUUCCUCACACUGACAAAGGAGUAG